UCUUCCAGCCAUUGCACUGUUCGUUUCACUUAUCAUCAAUAUAUUCGUGGUCGCAGUAUUUGCAAAGGCAUUUUAUAAUACUACAUAUGGGCAAGUGUAUCAUAAAUGCAUUGGAAACAAGAUAAGCCAAGCUGAAAUCUUUAAUGUGAACAAGAGCAGGGAUCCUCAUAUUACUUGGAAUUCCACCAUCGACGGAGACCUUUACAAAGGGGGUGUCUUCCUCGGAUGCAAGUUUGGAAAAGCAGCGUUGUAUAUUUGGGGCAUAGGAAUCCUAGCAGCUGGUCAAAGCUCUACUAUGACUGGAACCUACUCAGGCCAGUUUGCUAUGGAGGGCUUCUUAAAGAUCUCUUGGGCAAGAUGGAAGCGAGUGCUGUUUACCAGAUCAAUCGCCAUUGCUCCAACCCUUUUUGUGGCUUUCUACGAAGGAGUCCAGGAUUUGACAGGAAUGAAUGAUUUCCUUAAUGUACUACAGAGUUUGCAGCUCCCUUUUGCUUUGAUUCCUGUGUUGCAUUUUACGGGAGACAGAGCCAUCAUGGGAUCUUUUAAGAAUGGAAGGGUGAUGCAAGGUGCAGCUUGGUUUUUGUCUGUUGUAGUUAUAGGAAUUAACAUGUUUUUUGUCGCAGAAUAUGUGUCCGAAAUACCAAGUAACGGAGGCUACUAUUUUUUAGUUGGAUUGUACCUUCUUUUCUACGUUGCUUUUCUUUUGUUAUUGGUUUAUUUUGCGCUUGGGUUCACCUUCUUGGAUUUCAUCAAGGUUUUGAAAAGACCUGACUCAAUUCAAUACGUCCCUCAGGAAGAUGAUAAUACUGUUUCCAAUGGCUUCUCACAGUGACGUGGAUUCGAGUUAAUUUAGCUUAGGGGUUAGUGAUGCUAUUAAAGGCAAUGAGUUGUACUAGUGUAAGGCCUUGUCACGCGUUGGUAUAUAAUAGUAUGUCAUGAUGAAGCCAUGCUUCUUUUAAGAUUUAAAGUAAGAGAGAGAUUUUAAAGACCAUGUUAGGUAGUGCUAUACAAACAAUAAAAAAAACGAGUAAUAGAUGGAAUAAUAAAUAAGAUAUUUUUUUUACCAAGCAACAAGAAGGAGAAAAGUGACAACAAAUAUUGCCUUGGUGAUGAAUCCCUGUCCCAGUCCUUGAUCGUGAAGGCUACCGUAUAAUGCUUUCGUAGCCGUCAAGACAAGGUGCAAUGUAGUUUUUUAAAAAAUUCUAAUUUAUGCUGAAUAAAGGUCAUUCACA